AUGACCAAACUUAGAAUUCCUGAGGGUACCACUAUUAUAGAUGCUGAUGAAUAUGAAGAACUUCAAAGGCAAAAAUUUGUUGUACAUCAACAGCAGAAGCAACGAAAUGUGGACUUUGAGGGGAUAAAAAUACCAUUUCCUGUAUUCAUGCAACUCAUGAUUAUGGUAGCUACUCUACACGCAAGUUAUACUGUGUAUGGUAAGGAACCCUUCCAAAUGGUUUGGAAAUUGCUAAUAUUUAUUGGUGCCCAGGUUGUUAGAAGAUUCACUAAUAAUCAGAAACAUAUCAUUGAAUCUCAUAACAAAAUGCAUAAUAAUAAUAUCAACUCUGACACCAAUGUUAAGAAUAAAAAUAAAAUUAAAAAUAAGCAUAAUAGCAAAGAACAAAAUGAUACAGUAUCAACAGCUUCCACAAAUAUGGUAGAUACGGAUUCCAUUAAUAUAAAAUAUCCUUUUGAAACUGUUUAUGUGUUUUUUUUACCGUUCAUGAUGUCAUUGUUAUUUUUCCCUUCUUUAGUUAAUAUAAAUUUGGUUUUGAUGUUGAACAUAUUUGAUGGAUCUUUAUUUACCAAAUUUAUAAUUCAAUUAUUCUUUUUAAUGUUUACUAGCUAUGAAGAAAUAGUAUUGUUUAGAAAUUUUAUUGGUGUUAUUUUAAAUAUUAUAGUGAAUUAUAUCUUAAUCCAUAUCAGUGAAUUGAAAAGUUUGGAUAUAGUAGAUUGCAAUCUAUUUAGUAUUCUUUUAACCGAUGUAUUAUUUUUAGCAAAACAUCAACAAUUAGUUCAUUCUGAGAAUAUUAAUUUGCCAUAUAAUGUGAUCUGGGGUGCUUUAGUAGCAUUUAUAGUAUCUGUAGGGAUCAAUUAUAUGUUAUCAAUACCUCUACAAAGUGUAAAAAAUAAAACUAUCAGAUCGUUAGUUUUAUUUGUUGCUUUCAUAUCAAUUUUCCCAUCCUUUCUUAACUGGUUUGUUGAUGUUGAGGCAAAUAGACAAGAUAUUCCUGUAAGAUGGUUAUUCAAUUAUAUAUUGGAAUCAAAGAUACGUCAAAGAAUCUUAAUUACAUGGUUACUAUUUAUAGUUAUAUUAAUUCCUAAUAUUUUGAUUCUCAAAUCAAAUUUUUCUUUAAAUACAUCAAGAAAAUUAUGGCAUUAUUUAAUCUUAAUAUUAAUUAUCCAGCCUUUUAACUGGGAUCCAACUUUUGUUAAAAUUUCUUUAGCAGGUACAAUAGUCCUGUUUCUAUCAGUGGAAUAUUUAAGAUACUUGAAGUUGGAACCAUUAGGUAAAAUCUUAGAUGAAAAAUUAAGAUCAUUUGCUGAUUUCAGAGAUGAAAGAGGUCCAAUUAUUAUCUCAUAUAUUUAUUUGAUUAUCGGUAUUGCGACACCAUUAUUGAUUUCUGAUUCACCUGUCGGACUAAUUAGUCUUGGUGUAGGUGAUUCUACUGCUUCUAUCAUUGGUAAGAGAUAUGGUAAAUUUCGUUGGCCAGAUUCAGAUAAGACUAUUGAGGGUACUUUUGCAUUCAUAUUAACCACUUUUGUUACAGGAUAUAUUUGUAAACAAUAUUUGGGUUAUUUUGAGUAUUUAACUGUGGGAAAUUGGUUAUUAGUUUGUACACUAUCUGGUGUGCUUGAAGGCAACAGUAUUUUAAAUGACAAUAUAUUAAUUCCAGCAUUUAUGAUGAUUUGUGAAAAAUUAUUUUCCUUCUAA